GUGCUCUCAGUGUCAACCACGAGCCGGUUUGAGAUAGACGUGUGUUAUAGUGUAUAUAUAAAUGAACCAAUGGAAUUUACGGGAAAAGUCGUUAUAGUGACGGGGGCCAGCUCCGGUAUUGGGGCAGUCACCGCAAAAAUGUUCGCCGCCCAUGGAGCCACUCUCACAUUAGUAGGCAGAGACGAAGCAAGACUCCAAGCCGUGGCCAAAGCUUGCGAAGAAGCCAAAGGAAUCAAACCGCUACCAGUACAAUUAGACUUAACUACGGUAAACAGUUGCAUUAUAGUCGCUCAGAAAACUGUGGAAUACUUCGGCCGAAUUGACAUACUAAUCAACUGUGCUGGAAAGAUUGGAUUAACCUCGCUAUUUGACGCAAACAUGGUUACUUUCGACGACCUGUUCGCGAUCAAUCUCCGUGUACCGUAUGAGUUGACUCAAAAGUGUUUACCAUAUUUAGUGAAAACUAAAGGACAUAUAGUGAAUGUGUUCUCAGCUCCUAUCCGGGCGCGGCCAGGUUUUGUGACAGGCAGCAUGAUUGCCGAAGCGUUAGAAAGAUUUACAAAGGUCAGCGCAGUAGAAUUAGCACCGGAGGGAGUUAAGAUGAAUGCAGUAAGACCGGGUUUGACUAGAACCAACAUAUUGAAAAACAUAAAUAUAGAUGAAGAUGAAGCAAACGAUAUGUACGAGGCUCUAGCCGGGAUGGUGCCAAGCAGACAGAUUAUAGAGCCAGAUGAAGUGGCUAAAAUGGUUUUGCUAGCUGCUAGUGAUAUGUUCCCUAAUUUGAAUGCAGCUAAUCUUGUGGUAGAUGGAGGUGCAUCUGUGGCGUAAAAUAACUUAUGAUUCAAUUUGUGGUGUUAUAUAUAUGUUGUUGUGCUUGUGUUUUGAAGAAAUUUGCUAUAAAGUAGAAUAUUUGUAUGGUGUUGUUGAAAGGUGUUGUCGAAUUCUCGAAGAUAGGGUUAUUUGGCUGUGACUUUUAAUAUUUUCGAUAACUAUCUAACGGAAUAGUUCCCAUUAAAAUAAUCUUACGUAUUUUGACAAAAUAACACAUGUAAUAAACCACACGGUUUGGUAAAUCCACGAUUGUAGUUAUCAAACAAAUUAUUAAAAUGUUAUCACAGACAAUAUAAGUUAUCUUCAAAUGUAAUAAAGAUACUGCAGUUUUUGCCUUUAGGUAUGUGAUAGUCGUUAGUUAACGCGCUAGUAGAAUGUUUUUUUUUUUAAUGAACAAUUAUAUUGAAAUACUAAAGAUUGUGAAUCAUUGUUAAUGGCUCAGGAAUAAUAUAUAAGUGACCACAGCAAAACUUUUUUCAUGAUUCUUCCUUGACAAUAAACUUUCUUGGUAGUUGGAAGAAAGAUGGGUUGGUAUGAAAAAAUAAGCCAUGUGCAUAGUUUUGCAAAAACAGCUGCAAAUUAAUCAAACGAAUAAAAAGAUUGCUGCUCUGAAACCGUAACAUAAUAUCAAUUAGUGAAAUGAAUAGGAUAUAUAGAAGUAUU